GCUGGGGUGGUCGAGUCGAUAAGUCCGUGCCGAGGCCCAAAUCCGCAUGUUUUCCCCGCAGGACCCUUGUAUGUGAAGGCUGACCGCUGCCGCUAUGUAUUUAGCAACAACAUCCCCACACUCGUCAUGUUCUCGUGUGGUAGUACAGGUCCCCUGGCUUCAUGCCGUCUAUACAUGUUCUUGAUACGUCCACCUUAGUACUUGUUCAGCUUGCAUCUUCAUUGUACCCAGAUUAUCGCACAAUUCCACCAUGUCAACACCGUCCCUCCAAACGCCGCUCUCGAAGCUUUUGGGGAUUCAAUACCCCAUCAUCCUCGCUGGUAUGGCACGAACAUCAGGCGGCCCCCUUGCCGCUGCUGUCUCAAACGCAGGGGGCCUCGGCGUUAUUGGUGGUCUAGGCUACACUCCCGCGCAGCUCCAAUCGAUCAUCGACGACCUCAAGUCCAACCUCAGAGACCAGUCUCUACCCUUCGGCGUCGACCUCGCCCUCCCCCAGGUCGGCGGCAGCGCGCGCAAGACCAACCACGACUACACGCAUGGACAGUUGGAUGAGCUGAUUGAGGUCACAAUCAAGAAUGGCGCAAAGCUAUUCGUCAGCGCUGUCGGUGUACCACCCGCGCGAACAAUCAAGCAGCUUCACGAAGCAGGCAUUCUCAUAAUGAAUAUGGUUGGGCAUCCCAAGCACGCAAAGAAGGCGCUGGAUGCUGGCGUGGAUAUUGUUUGUGCACAGGGAGGAGAAGGAGGAGGCCACACGGGCGACAUCGCGAACAGCAUCCUCAUUCCCUCGGUGGUGGACGUAGCCCGCCAAUACAAGAGCCCUCUCACAGGCCAGACAGCCAUUGUCGUCGCGGCAGGAGGUAUAUACAACGGGCGAAGUCUCGCGAGCAGCUUGAUGCAGGGCGCGCAGGGUGUAUGGGUUGGCACGCGAUUUGUUGCUUCCACGGAGGCGGGAUGUUCACAAAUGCACAAAGAGAACGUGGUCAGCGCAGAUUUCAGCGAUACUGGUCGGACCCUUGUCGUCAGCGGUCGGCCUCUCAGGGUUCGGUACAACGACUAUAUUAACGAGUGGCAUGAGAGGGAGGCUGAGAUCAAGAAGUUGACCGACGCGGGGAUUGUGCCGUUGGCCAAGGAUAUGGAUGAUGGGAAGGAUGUGGAUAUUCCGUUUUUGAUGGGCCAGGUCAGCGGGGUUAUUACGGACAUUAAGCCUGCAAAGGAGAUUGUGGAGGAGAUGGUCAAGGAGGCGGUGGACAUGCUGAAGCUAGGGCAAACGUACAUUGGGGGCCCAAGUAGCAAGCUGUAAUUUUUAGCAAUUGAGCGUCUUCUUCACGUUCAAAUCUGGUGUUGUUAUUUUCCAUAUCAAGUACAAUGUACGUUGG